UCCAUAAAUCUUAAUAUUUAACAAAUUCUAAACUGAUCCACAACACUGAAUUAACUUACUAAAAUAUAAAAUAAGCAACUUUUAUACAUUUUAUUACGUCAUGUUAAACAAAAUACAGCUUUCUUUUCUAUCUUUGUGUCAAUAACGUUUCAGGCGACACUCUUUUCUUCUGUCCUUUUCUGUGGUCAUUUAUUCCACCCAUCUGCUGAAUCCUCGAUUCUGAUUGGUCAGAAGGUCUUGAUUGAUUAAUUGAUUGGUUAAUUAAUUAAUGCAUUUCUUCUGAUAAGUUAUUUCGUUUCUGUAGGGACUUGACACAAGCAUGUGUAAUUGUUUUUUCUCUGGGGACGAGUGUGUUUGUUUGUUUGUUUGUUUAACGUUUAUGGAAGGAGUCUCCAGUGUCAGAGGAACUUAUUUAUUGCCAGCCUGAUGAUGGAAAGCGAGGGAUGAAGACGAGUGCAGUGGCGAGCGAGAGCAUGCCGUGACCGAGGCUCGGCGAGAGAAACAAAAGGCCAUUGAUGGGUGUUGCUGUGAAAAUCUAUGCCGGCACUCACACAUGCCGCUGAGUGAAUGUUGAUGAGGUGCGUGUGCGAGUGAGUGAGCGAGCAUGGCACCGGGUGACACGGUGACGGAGAAUGGAAAGCGGCGCGAUCUCAGAACGAAGUGCGCAUCACGGUCACCCGAGGCAGACUGCGCGGCUGACGGCUCGUUCAUUUUCGAGGCUCACGAAGCUUGGAAGGACUUUCACAACUCGCUGCGACAGUUCUACGAGAACGGAGAACUCUGUGACAUCACGUUAAAGGUGGGCACCAAGCUGAUCCCUUGCCACAAGCUGGUGUUGGCCUGCGUGGUGCCGUAUUUCCGUGCCAUGUUCCUCUCGGACAUGGCUGAAGCCAAGCAGGAGCUGAUCGAGAUCCGCGACUUUGACGGCGACGCCAUCCAGGACCUGGUGCGCUUUGCUUACUCGUCACGUCUGACGCUGACUGUGGAGAACGUCCAGCCGCUGCUCUACGCCGCCUGCAUCCUGCAGGUGGAGCUGGUGGCACGGGCCUGCUGCGAAUACAUGAAGGCCCACUUCCACCCGUCCAACUGCCUCGCCGUGCGCACCUUCGCCGAGAGCCACCAUCGCGUGGACCUGAUGGACAUGGCCGACCGCUACGCCUGCGAGCACUUCGGCCAGGUGCUGGAGAGCGACGAUUUUAUACGUGUCUCGCCGCAGCACCUCAAGACGCUGCUCAGCUCCAGCGACCUCAACAUCCACUCCGAGACACAGGUGUACAACGCAGCCGUCAAAUGGCUCAAAGCCAACCCGCAGCACCAUGAGCUGUGGCUCCACCAGAUCAUGUCUCAGGUACGUCUUCCUCUUCUCCCCGUGGGCUUCCUCACAGGCACCGUGGCGAAAGAGGAGAUGAUCAGAGCCGACCUGAGCUGCCGAGACCUGCUGGACGAGGCCAGGAACUACCACCUGCACCUCAGCAACAAGAGCGUGCCCGACUUCGAGUACUCGAUCCGCACCACGCCGCGCAAACACACAGCGGGUGUGCUGUUCUGCGUGGGAGGACGUGGUGGUUCUGGAGAUCCGUUCCGCAGCAUCGAGUGCUACUCCAUCAGCAAGAACAGCUGGUUCUUCGGCCCCGAGAUGAACAGCAGGCGCAGACAUGUGGGAGUCAUCUCUGUAGAAGGAAAGGUGUACGCUGUGGGUGGCCAUGAUGGCAGCGAGCACCUGGGGAACAUGGAGAUGUUUGACCCGCUCACCAACAAGUGGAUGAUGAAGGCCUCCAUGAACACAAAAAGGAGGGGCAUUGCGCUGGCCACGCUCGGAGGUCCAAUCUACGCUAUCGGAGGCCUGGAUGAUAACUCGUGCUUUAGCGAUGUGGAGCGUUACGAUAUCGAGGCGGACCGCUGGAGCACCGUCUCCCCCAUGAACACACCGAGAGGAGGAGUGGGCUCUGUCGCUUUAGGGAGCUACGUGUAUGCUGUAGGAGGGAACGACGGCGUAGCCUCCCUGGCGAGCGUUGAGCGCUUCGAUCCGCACCUCAACAAGUGGAGCGACGUGCGAGAGAUGGGGCAGAGGCGUGCAGGAAACGGAGUGAGCGAGCUGAACGGCUGCCUCUACGUCGUAGGUGGGUUUGAUGAUAACUCUCCGCUGAGUUCAGUGGAGCGCUUCGAUCCCAGGGUGAACCGCUGGGACUAUGUCGCUGAACUCACCACGCCCAGGGGCGGAGUUGGUGUUGCUACAGUGAUGGGACGGGUCUUUGCUGUGGGCGGGCACAAUGGAAACAUCUACCUGAACACGGUGGAGGCGUUUGAGCCACGCAUGAACAGGUGGGAGCUGGUUGGCUCGGUGUCUCACUGCAGGGCCGGAGCGGGUGUGGCCGUCUGCGCCACACACGUCAGUCAAAUUCGUGACGUGGGUCAGGGUUCGAGCAACGUGGUGGACUGCAUGUAGUAACACGCAUAGAGUACAGAGACACAACACGGUGUGUACACACACACAAACAGCUCUCCUAAACACCACGCACACGCCAUCUACAGCACCACAAUGUUCUCAACACACAUUACACACUCUCCUAAAUACCACACACACACUGCACACUCUAUACACAGCGCCACAACAUUCACGACACUCAUACACACGCUACACAGUUACAGUACAGCAGCGCCACACACUCCGCUGCAGCAGUGUCAUUUCCUCUGAACUCUCAUUGUAUCUCUGUGUGAAAUCUUCUUCCUCGUAUCAGUUUUCUCAUUUUGCUAGGAAGACCGUGUAGCUUCUAUAAUAAUUUGACGUAUUAAAAAAAAAAAGCAGGUAGCAUGCGCUACACAAUCUAUUUACAUUUUAUUUCAUAUACGUUUCUCAGAUUUGUAAUGAACUGUUAUAAAGACAAAUGGCUACCUUUGGUUAAAAGUUAACUCACAUAAUACUGUAGUUCUGAUCUUUACUAACUCAUGCUAAGCAGUGGUUAGCAUCUUGGAGCUCGCUGCUUCAUCUUAAAGGAGAUACGUUGGACCUUUAUUUUUAAAUAAAUUUCUGAGUGGAUAGUAUCUCCAUCCUUAACUCUUGUAUGCUGCAUAAUUGGGAAUAAAAAAUAUAUAUAUUUUUGAGAGUUAAAAUCGACUGCAAAGUUGGCAUUCGAGCUGCCCCGCUGAGCCAGCCAGCCCUGAGUGCGUGACGUCACAGCGGGAACCGGUGCUAUAGACCAAAGUCAGACUCGGCAGGCGAGAGCGGUUGCAAUGGCCUCUUCGUUUGGAUUUAUUGGAGAUUCUUUGGAUUCCUCAGACAGUAGUACAUCUGACUGUGAUAGUCCUGAAAUUGGAGUGUGUGUACAUGCUACUGCUAUACACGUAGGACCAUAUCAGUUCGAACCAUCGGAACGUGAAUCUGAUAGUAACACGUCGGUCACGGAGGCCCCCGCCUUACGAAAUAAAGCCAGAGAACAAAGCCGUCUAGAGAAUUGGAUGGAAUUGAACUGACAGUCUCAUGUGACUCUCAUUAAAACAGGGUGGGUGUUAUAAUUUAUGCAACAUACAUGUACAUGCAUGCAUUUUCACUGAUAAAACGUAAAAGGCUCAUUAAAUAAUCAGAUGAACUGAGACAAUCACAUUCUGAAGCAAAUUAAAUAAUCUUAUACCGCUAACUUAAACACACAAUACAAGUUACAUGUAUUAAUCUAAAUGCAGGUAAACAACGUGUUUUUUUUUUUUUAUCCAAAUGAGAGUCGGAGCUUACCCGUCUGUGUUCUCGCUUCUUGAAGGCCGACCUUGUGGCCAAUUGUUUUGAAACAAUCUGACUUUCAGUUCUUCAUUCUUUUCUUACACGUAAGGGCGAGAUAUUGCUGCUGAGGCGAGCAUAUCCGGGGGGGAAAAAAAGCAUAUCCAGCAGAGAAAUCUGAUGACUGGUCCACUCGUUCUCCAUUUUCUCCGCCAUUACUGCUCAACUCGCGCUCUGGGAGAACUGGUGCAACUGAACUUUCCUUUUCUUAUAGUUUUCUUUUCCUUUAAUUGUUGAUACUGCACCCUCUUUCAAUCCGGGCUUAUAGCCAACGCUCCUCAACAGAUCAGAGGUUUCGUACGAGUUUUCAGUAAAAUGUGCAGAGCAGAGGAGAGACCACUUCGUAGGCGCCCAAUCCGUGAAUUUCUCACAAAACGCGUCCAAAUCUUUGCAGUUUGAACGUUCUUGGGCCGUGAAUGCAACGUAAAUCCACCUUCUGUCAUGUUGCUGCACCCACCAGCAACACGUCUACAUGGCAUGGCGAUAAAUUAGCUCAAAAUGGAGGAUCGAAGUUGCAGUCAGCUCUGUGUUUUAGUAUAGCGGAAAUGGCGAUGAGACCGAUAGACUUCCUGCUGUGACAUCACAGAUGUCAAGGUCAUUCACUCAGACCGCUACCUAUAUAAAUCACUUUAAUUGUAAAAAUGACUAUAUUAGAUUUAUUGUUAACGCUUAAAACUAUUCCUGUGCCAUUCUUGAGGUCUCAAGGCAUUUAUAAACAAAAAGUAAGGGCACAGUUCUGCGCAUCUCUUUUAACUACCUGUUAAAGAAAGCAAAGCCAAGUAAACAUGAAUGAUCUAGCUAAGUGAUGACACUGACAGCCGGGCGGCCAUCUUGCUCACAGCUCACUCACAAAGGACCUACACGGAGCCAUUUUAAUACACUGCUUUUUGUACAAGGAAUUUCAGUCGGUUUUAUUGUGCACUCUUUCUUAGACUAGAAACAAAACUCGAGUAUAUUUUUGUCUGAAAGAUGAACCGACAUAACUUUGGUGUUUUUGUUAGUGUGUGUUUUUUUUUUUUUUUUUUUUUUAAUUUAAUGCUCUAUAUAUAAUGUUUUAAGCCUGUGCUUUUUGGAAUGAAUUUAUAUGUAUUUAUGUGUGCUAAUAAUAAUAUCUUUCUUUUUUGCUGAUAUAUUGAAUCAUGCAAUUUAUUUGGUGUAUUUUUUUUUAAUUCUAUAGCAUAUUUAUCAUUUUAUCAUCCUGCAUCAUAUCUGCAAUCGAGUUUGACCUGUGUAUUUAUAUUUAUUUUCAUGUAUUUAAAGCACAGAGAAUCAUAUCCGUAUAUGAGGUUGUUUACAAACUGCCAUGAAGCGUGACGAACGCUCGGCUUGUACAAUUCUGGUUUUCAGUAGCAGAGCCUUUUGUAUGUGAUUUGAAGAAAUAAUGACUGAUAACUGGAUAUAAAAUGAGUCUAAACUUCCCAAACCAGUUCCUGAGGCUCCUUUUUCUGUCCUGCUUCAGUUUGGUAAAAGGAGUAGUUUGAUCAGUUUUAUGCAGUUUUGACACUCAAAUGUGGGGUUAUAUUGAUGAUUGAUUGAUUGAUUGAUUGAUUGAUUGAUUGAUUGAUUGAUUGAUUAUUAAUAAUAAAUCCUGGGACUGGGGUGGGAAGUGAACCAUGACUCUGAAUUGUUCAGUGUGGGAAUGUUUGUUUCUCUAUCAGACACGCAUCUAUUUUAAAAUGAGAGCUACUCUUGUGAAUCGACACUUCCUGUACAGUAGUACUUCCUGCUUCCGGUAAAGUGCUGUACUCGUACUGUAUUUUGCUCAACUUCUUGCUCUCAUCUGUCGGUUUGUAUUAUUCAAAUAAAGCUAUAAGAAACAUUGUAAUGAA